AUGACGGCAGAUAACCUGAGUGAGGAGCUUACAUCUGCUUUCCUGAGCUACUCCUCCCCGCGCUCUUCUCCCAGGGGCAUGGCAAACGACGACAAGAGCAGCCACACUGAUCAUUUCAGCAAGAACCCUCGCGUUCCCUCUCCAACCUCGCGCCCCGGGAGGGCUUCCCCCCCUCGAAACAUCUCGCCGACCAACUCGUCGAGCCGAAUGGGCUCAGCUGGCGCAAGCAGCUUUACGCGUGCAAGGAGCUCCUCCCUCCCCACGACCACCACAAGACGGAUAACUUCGCCUUCCUCUGCUCCUCGUCUAAACACCCAGUCUCGAGAUCCAGGAGCCAAGGGGCUGCGUCGAGGCUCCGAGAGCGCACGACCAGAGAUACCCUGGCUCGUGCUGCCAACCCCUCAAUUGCCAACGGGCUCCUGCCUGACUUCACAUCGUUGGGCAGGUCGUGAGCCUUGUGCCAAGCCAGCCGCGAAGAGUCCCUUGACAAGUCUGAAACUCUACACGAUCUCGGAGAGCCUUCCUGCAGUGUUCGUCUCGCCUUCCACGUCGCCAAAGUAUUCCAGCGGAGCAGGGCAGACUGACAGCAAGAGUUGGAAGGCACGGUAUGGCCGUACAGUUGGAUCAAGGAACCAUUCUUCCUCUAAGUCUUCAUCCUGCUUGUCCUCUAGCUUGCAAGGGCAUCGGGCGUGCAAGGAGUUCCAAUUGGCAUACCACGAACGGCGAUCAACUGGCAAGAUGUACAUGAGAGGGAUGCUUGACGUCAGGAGCAGCCUUGCCGACUCGCAAGUAAUGAGUGUCUGGGGGAAGAUAGAAGACGGCAUCGCGCAAGACAGCAGGAGGAGGCUGAACCUGUUCGCCAAUGAUACUUACACAACUCCUAUCUACUCCAUCGCGCUCCCUUCUGUCUCCGUGGUCCUGGUUCCUGACAAAGCCCUGUCGUUUGCGAUGCAUAUCAGCAAUGAAUCUGGGACAGAGUCGAAUGGAGUCUGGAUAACAGCGCCAUCCAGCACAUUUCGCCUUAGAUGGCUGCUGGCAUUGGAGGAGGCAGGGGCAAGAAUCAUCACAGAGACAUUCGAUGAUGAAGGAGUGGAUUGUGACAACGGGAAGAUGGUGGAGCAGGUACUGGCCCUCCGUGUCUCAGGGAGAACUGCCGAAGCGCUAGACUUAGAAGCCCCCUACUCCUUUCCACGCUAUCUUCGCUAUUUCAACUGGCAGAGCCUGUUCUCGUCCUUCGUUCAAAUGAGCUGA